AGGUCAUAACGGAAACAUAGUAAAUAAGGAAAUAAUACGAUGUAGUAGACUAAAUGUUCAUUCACAAACGAGGAGAUAGAAAUGACAUGACCUUGAAAGAAAUGCACAUAAGCUGUAUUGUUGUUAUAUUCCUAUCAGUAUGCAAAGGAGCAGUCAUUCCUGUCAUAAAUAUAAAGCAAUACAUCCCCGGAACAGAUCUUCUGUUAGAAUGUCAUCUGAAUAUCUCAACAUCUAAUGUCACUUGGCUAUUCAAAACGAAAGUUAUCUGGAUUGGAAACAAAUUGAACACAAUGUGUAACAAUUCAUUCAGAUACGAGGUUACAAAAGAACUGUUUCUUCGGAUCAACAAUGCACAAAUUUCUGACGAAGGAAAAUAUACGUGUUUACUUACCCCACCGUCAACUGAUGGAAUAUAUACAGUCACUCUGGAAAGUUCAACUCUUGAUGACAAGAACACGUCAAUAACAGGCCAUUCUACAGAAUCAGAAAAGAAAAAAGAGCAGACAACACUACCAGAGAUACAUGUAACCUUUAAUUUUACUGAACAAUAUAUCAAUGUCAAACAUCACAAUUUCUAUGUCUAUAUAUACAUUGCUUGCUGUUGUGGUUGCAGUUUGAUGUUUUGUGCAAGUAGUUUCAUCGUUCAAAAACUAAAAAGAGUAUCCACAGGAAAAGAAAAAGAAAGGAACUUGAAGAAACCAAUCUUGUUGAAUAAAUGUCAAGGAAUUCACCAUCGAAAAAGACAUUGGUACUAAGCGGUGUGAAAAGAGUCUGUAGCAUCAAUUGAUACUACUUUCAAGCUUUAAUUAAAUUUCAUCAAUUUCAA